UAGCUGCUGUCAAGGGCGGCAAAAUUUUUUUUCUGGCCAUCACCUCCAGUCUUCAAAUUUCAUCACACUGGCAGCUCACUUCGAGUUCAAUUCAGGCAGUGAACCACAGAAUGAUCUUUCAACAAAAGAACUGCUGCAUCUCAUCUAUGCCAUUGAGAUCAAGAUAUUUCAACACAAAGUUUGUGCUAUGGAUUUUGAUCUUCAUGGGAAUAUUUGACCCCCUUAUCAAAGACUCUGUCUGUGCUCUAGAAAUAACCUCACACAUAAAAAACUAUUAUGUGGCUAGAGAUUCCAGUGUGACCCUUAACUGCAAGUUUGUCCUUGAAUCUGAGAACUUGGGAUAUACGGAAAUAGAGUGGAACAUUGUGCCUUCAGAUAGACAGCAGGAUGACGAGAUCAUUAUCUGGUAUACUGGAGGUGUGUUAUACAGUAAUCUAUAUGAGCCGUUAAAGAAUAGGGUCCACUUUGCCUCUCCUGAUCCCCAAGAUGGUGAUGCCUCAAUGAGAAUCCUUGACCUGAAGCUGACAGAUAUGGGAACUUACCAAUGCAAGGUGAAAAGGUUGCCUGAGUUUGGGAUGAAAAACUUUAACCUGUUCGUAAUGGAGAGGCCAAGUACACCAGUAUGCUACAUAGAUGGUGAAGAAGUGGAAGGAAACAGUCUUAGGAUGAGAUGUAGAUCCUCACAAGGUACUCCACCUCUGAAUUACAACUGGUCUAAGGCAAGCGGAAACAAGAUGUUGCCUCAAACUGCCUUUGUUGACACUACAGCUGGUGACUUGUAUUUACGCAAGAUCACAGAGAGUGACACUGGAACCUACAGGUGUGUGGUUGUAAGCCUUGUUGGUAUGGAAGAGUGUGAGGUUACACUCAGCUCACCCUUACGUCAUACAACACAACAGACCAUCAACAAUGGAACUACAGCGGCAAUUGUUACCAGUGUAAUUGUGAUGAUCAUCCUUGUCAUCGCUGUCAUUAUCUGCUACCGCAGAAAAAAGAAUGAAGGAGUAUUUGGCAAUGAAAUAUUGAUGGAUGAACUCCCUCCUCAUACAUGGCUAUCAAUUAAGAGUCAUAACCUGGGGCCUGGAUCUUUGAAAAGCACCCAUAGCGCAAAGGAUCUUAUGGCAGUGUAUGAAAACAUGGAUGCAGGGUUCAUGUAUAAGGAGAAAGCGAAUAACUUCAUGUUCACUGAGGAGAAGGAUCUUAUGAGUAACGAAAAUACAUCAACCAAAAGAGGAUGACUCAGUCACAGUGGAUGACCAAGAAAUGCAACUUCCACAACCCUGAGGACAAGCAAAUAGUUCAUACCGCUUUUGAGGAAAAAAUGUUUCCUGUUCUACUUUUCACUUUUUGAGUCAUCCAAGACAUCCAACUGCCACAUCCUUGAGAGCAAAUAUGUUUUUACUGCUGUUCUUUCUGGUUUACUGGUCUGUUACAAACAAUGUUUAAAGAUUGAAGAAUGAGUAACAAAAGAGGAUUAGCAUAGGCAUGGCCAAAAGUUUAGGGAGUGGCACAAAGCCUAUUUAUUUUUUUCAUUCAGUCGCCAUUUCAGUUUUACUUAAAUGAUUUUUACAUACUUAUGUGAUCUAGUGAAGAACAAUGACAACUGCAGAGAAAUAAAAAUGUAGUUUUCCUUUUGGCCACCACUGCACUUGACAAAUCCAUGAGGAUAAACAAAGUUCAUUCUGUUUUUAAAUGAAUAAAUCAAAGUACUUGCUGAUAGCUGUGUACUAAAUGUUCAAAUAAAACAAAGAAAUUUCAGAUAUGUGAACUGUUUAAUUGUGUUUCUUUUAAAGCGCAAAUAAACACUGAUUAAAAACACUGAUUUGGCAAGUUCUUUUUGGAAAUCAUUCCAGUGAUUGUAAG